ACCCUGCCGGCGAGUUGCUGCUUUUGGGAACGGAAUGCAGAAGUCAAAGACGAAGAGAGAGAAAGAGAGUGGAAAGAGAGCUGGUAAUAAGACGGAAUCGACGGAAUGAAAAGGGAUUGUGUAGUUAAAAAGGGGUAGAAAAUGAUAAACGCUAGGCGUGUCGGCGUCGUUUUUUAUAAAAAUAUCCAAUGAUAUGUGACUAUUUCGAAAAAAGUAAAGCACAUCGAUAAAAUCUAAGUGAAGUGCCGCUAAAGAGAAAUUAACUGGAUGACAUGUCCCUAAAGUUAUGAUGCGAAGAGCGUGGGAUAUAAUAAUGAGGAUUGAAAGGAUCAAGAAGGCAGCACGCAAUGGAUAGCGUGCUAUAAAAAUUAUCCACAAGGUAUAAAAAAUUCAACUAAAUUUCCGAAAAUAGGAAAUGUCUGCGUGGUUGUAGUUUGGCCAAUGUUCAAAAGAAGGGAAUGCUUGUUUCGGGUAAAUUUUGGGCGAUAGCCUGUGCCAGGUUAUGGAGACAGAGAGUAUAAAAUCAGGGGCUAGUGAGCAUAGCCAUAGCCUUCAUAGCAAAGGUUCUCAGAAACAUCAUCAUCGCACGCAUAGCAACAAAUAUCAUCAUCGACACAAUUCACAUCGAAACACAAGUAAAAGUAAUCGAGGUCAAAGGAAGGAUCGUCUCAAUUUGGAGACGAAUGAUAUGGCCCCAUUUCAAACAACUGUCAAUAUACGUGGUGAAAGUGUUGAUAACAUGGGUCAGGAAGUUAUCGAGGUUCAAAUCCUACCCCAGGAUGAAAAUUGGGGUGAAAAUACAACUGCAGUAACGGGAAAUACUUCCGAUAGAUCGGAAUCAACAGAGGAUGUCAGUCAUUGGCCAAAUGAUAUGGAGAGUUCGUUUGGUUUCAAGUGUCAUCGUUAUGUUAGUUGGAUGGUAGCAAUGUUCCUUGGAAUAAGCGCCUUUUUAAGUCCUAUUGCUAUGGUUAUAUUGCCAAAAGUGGCAUUUCUCCCGGAGCAUUUGUCCGUUUUGCCAGUGGAGAAAAAAUUGGAGUUACUCGCCUGUAAUGCUGAAUGUAAAGGACAACUUCUUGGAUUAACGUUUAAGCUAGUUUUAUUAGGCCUAGGAACAUGGGCAGUCUUUUUACGGCCUAGAUAUUCGACAAUGCCUAGAGUUUAUCUCUUUAGGGCUGGAGUUCUUGUUUUAACCAUGCUUUGUAUUUGUACUUACUGGUUAUUUUAUAUUGUACAGUUGACAGAGAUUGCAAAGAGCGUUUCCAAUGGGGAGCUAUCAGGCUACAAAAAUUUGGUAGCCUAUGCGAGUACUUUUUCCGAUACGCUACUAUUUAUUCAUUAUAUUGCUGUCCUAUUGAUUGAGAUUCGUCAAUUACAACCAAUGUAUUUUCUCAAGGUGGUAAGAUCCCCGGACGGUGAAUCAAGAUCAUACGCAAUCGGACAAUUAUCAGUGCAAAGAGCUGCAAUAUGGGCUCUGGAGAAAUAUUACACCGAGUUCUCAAUCUACAAUCCCUAUUUGGAUCGAUUGCCAGUUUCAAAAUCAGGUAGGAAACAAUCGAGUUUUAAAUUCUACGAUGUAGAUGGAACGGUGACUAGUGGCGGCGGUCAAAAUCGCAGUGGCAAUGGUGGCGAUCGAGCUGUUCUCGCGGCCCAAGCCCGACGUAGGGAUUCAAGUCAUAAUGAACGUUUCUAUGAGGAGCACGACUACGAAAGACGUGUUCGCAAGAGGAAAGCUCGUCUCAUUACCGCCGCGGAAGAGGCAUUCGCUCACAUUAAACGUUUACAUUCGGACGCUGAUUCAGCGCCAAAUCCUGGACCAAUGGAUCCAAUGGAAGCCGCUCAAGCUGUAUUCCCAUCAAUGGCAAGAUCAUUGCAAAAGUACCUGAGAGUAACGCGACAACAGCCACGUCAUUCGGUUGAGGGAAUUUUAGCGCGACUCGCUCGAUGUUUAGCGCAGGACGCUGCACCGAAAGCAUUUUUAGAACCGUUCUUCACAUCGAGUCCAGUUCUCUCGCACGAAAAGGAGAGACAAAGAAAAUCACAACAUUGGGCUUUAGUUUGUGAGGGUGAAUUACCAUCGCGAUUAAUAACCGAUGGUUGUGAAUUUCAAUUGCGACAAGGUGAAGUCGCUUUACUUUGCACGAUUCAACGAUUGCCACAUUUUAAUCUCACUGAGCAACUCGCUCAUCCUAAGUCUAACAAGUUUCUUCUCAGGCUCAAUUCAGAGACUUCCGUGUAACAAUAACCAGGUUGUGUUCAUAGAUAAACUAAUUUUCAUUUCAAUGAAAUUUAAAUCAAUAAUUUUUUUACAGUAUUAAAACGCUGACUUUUGGCAUAUUUUUCAAAAAUUUAAUUUUUGAAAAGAAAAGAAAAAGACAGGGUUGCCACAGG